AUGGAAUAUCAAAGCAGCGGCAUUUGACAGAAGCCAGCUGUUAUGAUGUCAUCCAAUCGGGUGCAAACGUCACUACAGUGACGUCACGAAUAUACAACCACAUGUAAGCAAACCACGUGGUUUCACAAUGAAAACUUCCGUGGUUUCGAAGAGUGCCGGCAGAGGUCUAGAAGAGGUUAUCUAACACAUCUUACACGAAUUUUUAGUUCCUGCAUAGUUAGAAGCCAUGGUUUUGUCCGAAUAUAUUUCAACACUCUCCGAAAAUCCCUAUUUUGGUGCUGGGUUUGGUCUUUUUGGAGUUGGGGCAGCAGCUGCAGUGCUUAGGAAAGCUUUGCAGGGUUCUGUUAUAUUGCUUCGGAGGCAUUGUAUGAUCACAUUAGAGGUCCCCUGUCGCGAUAAAAGCUAUCAGUGGCUUUUACACUGGAUAACUCACAAAGGAGCCAGACAAACUCAACAUCUUAGUGUUGAAACAAGCUUUGAACAAAAGGAUACGGGUCGCAUUCAAACCAAAUAUGAUUUCAUUCCAAGUAUAGGCACCCAUUUCUUCAGGUAUAAAGGACUAUGGAUAAAAGUGGAUAGAACCCGAGAACAACAAACUUUAGAUUUACAUAUGGGAAUUCCAUGGGAAACUCUUACUCUUACAGCAAUUGGAAGAAAUCGAGGAUUGUACUUUGACAUUUUGGAAGAAGCCAGGCAAAUGGCCCUGAAAGAACAUGAAGGGAAAACCAUCAUGUACAUUGCCAUGGGAUCAGAGUGGAGGCCCUUCGGACACCCUCGCAGAAGGCGUCCUAUAUCUUCCGUGGUACUGGAUGUUGGUGUGUCUGAGAGGAUUGUUGCUGACGUUAAAGAAUUUAUUGGAAAUGCCUCAUGGUAUAGGGAGAGAGGUAUCCCUUACCGGCGAGGAUAUUUGCUAUAUGGUCCACCUGGUUGUGGAAAAUCUUCAUUUAUUACAGCAUUAGCAGGUGAACUGGAGUUCAGUAUAUGUGUUCUCAAUCUCAGUGAACGUGGUUUAACUGAUGAUAGACUGAACCACUUAUUGAGUGUUGCACCCGAGCAAAGUAUUAUACUCUUAGAAGAUGUAGAUGCAGCUUUUGUGAGUCGUGAAGAUACAGCCCAAAUGAAAACAGCUUAUGAAGGCCUAAAUAGAGUUACCUUCAGUGGUCUUCUCAAUUGUCUGGAUGGUGUAGCCUCAACAGAAGCUCGCUUAGUGUUUAUGACUACAAAUUAUUUGGAAAGGCUUGAUCCAGCACUUAUACGCCCAGGGCGAGUAGAUAUGAAGGAAUACAUUGGACCUUGCAGUCCACACCAAAUUGAACAAAUGUAUCUUCGUUUUUAUCGUGAGAAAGAAGAUAUUUUGGGAGCAAAAACAUUUGCUGAAGCUGUUCAACAGUGUAAGCAAUCUGUCAGUCCAGCUCAAAUACAAGGAUACUUCAUGCUUUACAAAGAAGAUCCACAAGGAGUGAUGAAUAAUGUUCAAAGAAUAUGGACACAAUAGUGAUAUUUUUUGCAAGUGAAUUGCUUUGCAUUGGAUAAUGCAACAUGCAGUACUUUUAUUUAAUGAUUGUAAAUAGAAAUUAGAUGCACAUAGAAAUGAUUUUUUAAUACAUUGAUUGUGUUCAAAAGCAUAUUGUUGAUUGUUUUUCUUUUGUCGCUCAAAAUAUCUGAUGUUUUUCAGUAUAAGAAUCAUGUCCUUGUCUGCUGCCUUUCCUGAAUGCUUAGUUCCCUUAAAACCAAACAAACUAAGUCAUCCUGAUUACAAAAGAUCAUCCAUAUAACAUUAGUUUAAAACUAAGGCAAAAUUUUAUUCUUGCCUUUAUUCAAGAUUCCUUUAAUCAUGAUAUCUCUUUUCAAAUAUAAUUUUGCAAAUUAUCACUAAAUUCUGUUUGCUUGUUAAUACAAAAAUUGGAAUAUCAUUUGUUAGGAAGAAACUUAACCCAAACAUCAAUGCUGCAUUUCUAAAAGGACAUUUUUAGUGAGUUAGAAUAGUUGCAGUGGUGGUUGAAAAUUGGUGAAAGUAGUGUACAAAAGUAAUUCAGUGUGGUAAAAUAUUUUAAUAAAAUUAUUUAUUAAAGAUGUUUUUUGUUAUUUUGGUAAGAAUUUUGUUUAUAGUACCUUCUUGACCAUGCCACAAUUAACUACAAUGUAUGCAAUUGGAAAUUCAUCUUAACCUUAUAAUGCAGGGCCAUGAGCAC